AUGCCUGGAGUUUUUCAAGCUUUUGCAUUGAUUCUUCUGGGGAUUUUCACAGUAAAGCUCCCCACCGCACAGGAAAUACAAUGUAACGGUGAUGUUUGCUCCCCUCUGUGUGUCUCUCUACCCCUUCCCAAGCAGUCAUGCUUUGAGAAACUCUAUGUUUUUGGGAAUUCACUCGAAGACAUGGGAAAUUUGGCAAGGGAUACCUCUCUUUUUCUCCCACCCUUUCCAUAUGGUAUUACAAAUCCUGGGUGCCCCAAGGGCCGAUUCUCAAAUGGGGGGAUCAUCACAGACUACUUCGGUAGCGUUUUGGGCCUAUUGUACUUUCAAAGCAGGAACCUACGCACCAUAGUUAACGUAUCCUUCGACAACGAGACCCGGUGGUUUAACUCGUACACAGAGAGAUGUGAAUCCGGAAAGUCCGCUCGCGUCGCUGCUCUCGUUGGCGGAGGUGGAAAUGACUACAACAUCCAAGAUGGUGCCAAUAGAUCACUGUCCGAGAUUAUGAGGACUGUCCCGGACGUGGUGCGUAAGGUGGUGGACACUGUAAAGGUGACGAGCUUUAAAUUUUGA